GAUUCGUCCCCUUCCGGGGCUCAGCGUUGACUAGGGUCCUCGCGGAAGGCUUCGUCAGACCGGAUGCUCUACUGCAUGUGAUGGCCACUAUUUCGCCAUGUGCUACGGACAUCGAACACAGCAUAAGUACGUUGAAGGCGGUGAGUAUGUUGUCGGGUAAAGAGGAUGGUUUGAAGGAAGUGAAGCAGAUGGAGUUGUUCCCGAUGGUGAAGAAGGAGCUACCAAAGCAUCCAAAGCAUUGGGAUGAGGAGGAGUUACGGAAAUGGAUGAAUACGGUUUCCAAUGGAGCCUUCAAGACCGUACAGCUGGCGUCGGGCACGAAGGGCUCUAUGGUGGUCCGAUGGCCGGCCAAGCGCUUCGUUCAACUGUGUGAUGGUGACGAGCCUCGGGGGCACCGAUUGUACAAUGCCUUGCAUAAUAUUAUGGAGGAAGUUACCAAGUUGGGGGAAAUGCAGAGAAAGUUCGGCAACGAUCGCGUCUGGACUAUGGGCGAGUGGUGGUGUCGGUGGGAACUCCUUCGUGGGAGGAUUGCUGUCGUCGUUUUUGAUGAUAAUAUGUGCGGAGUUGGGCGACAAGACGUUCUUUAUAGCGGCGAUAUUGUCAAUGCGCCACAGCCCGGUGGUGAUCUUCAUGGGAGCGAUGAUGGCUAUGUUUACGAUGACGGUAAGAGGAGGGGAAGUGUUUCCGCCCAUGGUCGUUUUCCAGGCCUGCGUUUGUUGAAGGAUGCGUAUGAGCUGAGCGAUGGAACGUCGGGGGAGUUGGCUGAAGUGGAGAUGACCAUGAAGAAGAAGAAUGAAGAACAGGAUAAGAACGCGGCCGAAGAACAACAAGGUGAAAUAGAAGCGGGGGAAGCGUCAACGUCUAGCAAUGCUGACAAUACUACAGCGUCACCAUGGUACUCGGCAGAGAACAGAGCUGUUCUUGUGCAGUCGUUUGUAAUGUCGUUUUUGGCGGAGUGGGGUGACCGAAGCCAAGUGGCCACAAUUGCCUUGGCUUCUUCUAAGAGUCCCUAUGGGGUCAUGCUGGGCUGCGUAUUGGGACAUUGCAUAUGCACGGGCAUUGCCGUUGUGGGAGGACGAUUAUUGGCGAGUAAAAUAUCCCAGAGGCAAGUUGCCGUCGCCGGUGGAGUCCUCUUCCUCAUCUUCGCCUUGAGUUCGCUGCUCCUCGGUGUUGAUGUCAGUGCUGAUGCGGGACGGUGA